AUGGCCGAGUAUCGUGUUCGGGAGCUGUCAGAGCAAGAUUUUCUUGCAGAAACCGUCCAGACGGAGAGAAAGAAACGCUUUGCCAAUUUUAAUGAAAUUGACCUUGACGAUUUCGAAACACAGGCUAAAAUGUAUGCUACCGGCGGCAAAAAUUGUCACGUUGCAGCAUUUCAAAAUGCUUUGGCAGAACCGACAAGUACCAACAAUUCCUAUGAAUGUCUACAAGCUAGUCAAGAAAGACUAGCAACCGCCAAAUGCGCGUGCGAGAAAAAUAACAUUACAUAUAAACGAGUACGACUCACCUACUUUGUCAUUUCAAAAAAAUACAAGUUCAUGUUUGAAUUAAUACCUAAAGUAUCAUCCACAACUUGGAAGCGAUACCUAUUCGAAAUUGACCCUGAGUGUCAACAGGGUCCCCGAAGCUUAGAAUUAUUGAAUAUAACGGAAGCCGAUUUGGAGCAUUACACCAAAGUGGUUUUUGUUCGAGAACCCUUAGAAAGACUUGUUUCAUUUUAUUUUAACAACUUAUACUAUACAACAAGCGUGUCACAAAAUAACAAACAGUUCGAUGACGCCAUUAAAAAAAUUGGGCUGCGCAAUCACAGCGUGAUACAAGUGGGUCGAAAAGGACUUAUAUAUAAUAUUACAUUUUUGGAGUUUGCGCAAUUGAUUAUAUAUCACGAUUCAAAAAAAAAGCAUUAUCUUCCUCUCAGUGGACACCUUGAGAAACAAAAUGAUAUAUCGCGAAUGUGUUCAGUCAAUUACGAUUUCAUUGGCCACUUAGAACAUCUUGGAGAAGAUGCCACGUGUUUCCUACAACUGACAGGUCUGGAUAAACUCUACAGUUUUCCACGAAUUCACAAACAGAAAGGCAAAACGAGAUAUACAGAAACGUUGAGUAACUUGCCUCCAGACAUUCUUAAAAAGCUUAUAGAAGUCUAUCGCUUAGAUUAUGAACUCUUAGGUUACCAAAUACCUAAUUUUCAUUGA